UGCUGCCUUCCAGAGUUCCACGAUGCUGGAGUCUCUUGAGGAUAUGGAUUUGGAGACAAGCCAAGCGAAUGAGUCUAAAGCCCACCCAGUCUUCUUCUCUCUAGACUAUCAGCAUGUCCAAGUGCCCUUUGAGAUUACCUUGUGGAUCAUGUUGGCUUCCUUGGCUAAAAUAGGUUUCCAUCUGUUUGAGAAACUACCUUCCGUUGUCCCCGAAAGCUGCUUGUUGAUUUUCGUGGGGCUUAUCAUGGGAGGGAUCAUUUAUGGCUUAAACGACAAAUCCCCUCCGGUCAUGGACAGUGACAUCUUCUUCCUCUACCUCCUGCCACCCAUUGUCUUGGAUGCUGGCUAUUUCAUGCCCAGUCGCCCCUUCUUUGAGAACAUUGGGACGAUCCUCUUAUAUGCUGUUGUGGGGACGAUAUGGAAUGUCUUUGGAAUUGGAUUCUCACUCUAUGGGAUAUGCCAAGUGGACACCUUCCAGCUACGUGAUAUAUCUUUGCUUCAUAACCUCUUGUUCAGUAGCUUGAUUGCAGCUGUUGACCCUGUUGCUGUGCUGUCUGUGUUCGAAGAGAUACAUGUCAAUGAGAAGCUUCACAUUUUGGUAUUUGGAGAAUCUCUUCUCAAUGACGCUGUGACAGUUGUCUUAUAUAAGCUGUUCAGGUCCUUCUGUGAAAUGCCAUCAAUUAAAACAGCGGAUGUGUUCGCAGGAAUUGGGAGGUUUUUUGUGGUCGGAAUCGGCGGGGUCCUGGUGGGCCUCCUGUUUGGCAUGAUAGCCGCCUUUACCACACGAUUCACCAAAAAUAUUCGUGUGAUCGAGCCCCUUUUUGUCUUCCUCUACAGUUACCUGUCCUAUCUCACGGCAGAAAUGUUCCACCUGUCCGGUAUUGUGGCAAUUAUUGCAUGUGCAAUGGGCAUGAAACGUUAUGUGGAGGCCAACAUUUCUCUGAAGUCCCACACGACCAUUAAAUACUUCAUGAAGAUGUGGAGCAGUGUUAGUGACACCCUCAUCUUCAUCUUCCUAGGAGUCUCCACCAUCGGUGACAAUCAUGAGUGGAGUUGGACGUACAUUUGCUUCACAGUCAUUUUCUGUCUCCUUUGGAGAGCACUAGGAGUUCUUGUCCUGACUUUCAUCAUAAACAGAUCACAUGUCAACACCGUUACACCCAAGGACCAGUUUAUUAUUGCCUAUGGGGGGCUUAGAGGAGCCAUCUGUUUCUCCCUGGUUUUCUUGCUCCCUGACUAUCCGAGAAAGAAGCUCUUCAUCGCAGCAACCACUGUUGUGAUCCUCUUUACUGUGUUUGUACAGGGCAUGACCAUCCGUCCUCUCGUUGACUUGUUAGACGUCACUAGAGAGCAAGAAAGUGCUCCCACAGUGGGAGAACAAAUUCAUAUUCGGUUCUUGGAUCAUUUGUUGGCUGGCAUAGAAGAUAUAUCAGGACACUGGGGACAGUAUUAUUGGAAAGACAAAUUGGAAUACUUCAACAGCAAAUAUCUCCAGAAAUUUUUGCUCCGGGAAUAUGUGCAGCCCAAGUCGAGCAUUGUGCUCCUAUAUGAGAAGCUGGAGAGGAAACAUGCCAUUGAGCUAGCUGAAGCAGGGCAGCUCAUUUAUGGUCCAACCCAUAGCUCAUUGCUCAACAAUGACAAACACCCCACCACAGUCAAUGACUCGGACAGUCUCAAUCUAGACGUGGUGGAUGAUAUCCAGAAGAUAUUGGAAAGGAACCUGUACAAAACAAGGAGAACCGUGCCAGCAUACAACAGGCACACUCUGCCUGGAGAAACAGAACCAGUGGAGCAAGCAAAGGAGAUAUUGAUCCUCAGGCACAAGAGCUGGCAGAUCCACAUGAACAGAAGUGACUCGGACCGCUUGAGCAAAGAGAAGGAUGAUUCUUAUUCAUCAGAAGGUGGGACUAACCCCAAACCCAAGUUGUGCAGGUCCCUUACUGCCAGACAUUCUAGAAAAGCUCCGAGUGUGAAAUCUAACAGAUCAAAGUCAGUUGGUUUUAUUAUACCUCUGCAGCCAAGUACUACCCGCUGGGUUAAUGACGAAGAAACUGGGAAAAGGCCAAUUUCAGAGGAGAAGUAA